GGUUUUGUCAUUGUGGUGGAUAGUAUUAGUAUUUAGGAAUAAUGAGCAUAUUUAAUAAUACACAAGGUGCAUAGCACGUGUGUGAUGGGAUGCUCUCGUUAUUGAGGAAUGUGAUGGGAGGGGCCAGCAGACUCCAUCAUGUCCAUUGAUAGAUGUAUCACUAUAUAAGAGACGAGCCCCCUCUCAGAGGGUCAGAUUUGGUGGGGUGUCAUUGCUGGAGUCACAGGACCUUCACGAUGCGGUGUCUGCUUUCAGCUGUUCUUCUGCCUCUGCUUCUGCGUCCGUGCACCGGUGCAGACUGGUGCUACCAGACACAAGUGAGCUGUCCGUCCCACUGUAAAGGACCGGACCAAUGGAAACUUGUCAAUAAAGACUGUGGGGAGAGCAGACAGUCACCAAUCAACAUAGUGACAAAGAAAACCGUGCUGGAUGAACGCCUGACGCCUUUCAGAUUCACCGGCUACCAGACCGUGUUCGACAGCACCAUGAAGAACAAUGGCCACUCGGUUCAGGUCAAUAUACCCAUCACAGCCACAGUGUCUGGAGGAAACCUGGAAGAAACGUACAAAGCCGUGCAGUUUCACCUCCACUGGGGCAACAACGGAGGUCCUGGAUCUGAACACACCAUCGAUGGAGAGCAGUAUCCUAUGGAGCUGCAUAUAGUGCACAUGAAACAAAGAUACGACAGACUUGAAGAUGCACUCAAAGAUCCUUCUGGAGUCGCCGUGCUGGGAUUCUUCUACGAGGAGUCAACCAGCACAAACAAAAAGUACAAUGAGUUCACACACGGCCUGCGCAGCAUCCAGAAUACAAAUGGAAACACGACGCUUCGUAAGAUCUCUCUGAAUCAGCUCAUUCUGCCUGAAGCCAACAUGACGAACUAUUACCGGUAUGACGGCUCGCUGACCACACCGGGCUGCACGGAGGCUGUGGUGUGGACGGUGUUUGAAAACCCCAUUCCCCUCGACAUACAACAGCUUAAGAGUUUUAAUGAUCUGAAGUUCAAAGAUGGGUCGCCAAUGGUGGGAACAUUCAGACCCAUUCAGCCGCGUAACGGACGUGUGGUUUACCGGUCCAGCGGUGUAGCGGUCAUCGCCAGCGUCAUCCUGAUUCUGGCCUCCAUCAGCGCAGCAUUAGGCCUGUCCCGUCCGAACUAGAGCGAGACCGACCCGCUUCGGACACACAAUCAACACAAUGAGUUCUCAGCCAAUCAACGGACCAACAAGAAAACCCCACACAGGCCGUUUCUACAGGACACUAGAGUAGUUAGUGCAGAUCUCUGACCACAGCAGUCCACUGCAUGACCAGUAGAUGUGAGUUCCUACAGUAGCUAUCAAUAGGAGCUGGACUAAAGCCACUCGGACCCUCUGUGAAGGUCUGACUGGGAAUAAAUGCAUGACCUUUAUCUGUUACAGACAUCUGCCAAACACACACACACAUGAGCUAUAUUUACAAAUGCUUUGAUAUGCUGGAGAUGUGCAUUACUUACACACACAACCAUGAUUAGCACUCGACUGGUGAAAGGUCACAGAGGUCAAGGGUGAAAGGUCACAGAGCCGUGAGAACAGAUCAGAGAGAAACCCAGCUACAGCAAACACACAAAUACACACAAAUACACUUACAUUAAAUAUAUUGACGCUUUCAUAGAGUUUAAUAGAAACAAAUUCGCUUCAAAUGAACCAAAAAAGGAAUCGAGUCACUUAUUCGAAAACUUUUUUUAAUAAAUUAAUUUUAUGUUUAUUAUAAUUGAUUUAUAAUAUUAUUUAUAAAUAAUUUCAUACAAUUA